CGACCUGCAAACUCGAGCUUGAUCAGUAAAAUGGAAUCAGCAACGAAGAGGCAUGUUCGAACUUUACUGACUCUUUCUGUGGAUAGUGCGACUUGCAGUCUGGAUAUUAGUUUCAAUUUCUGCAUACUUGCUUCCACUGUUCGAUUCAUCACCAUACAUUUGAUCAGCGGGACAUCCCCAUCAUCUGUCCUCCUUCGUUGGGAUGCGUUCCAUUUCGCGCACAUAGCAAGAGAAGGAUACGUGUAUGAACACGAGUGGGCAUUCUUCAAUGGAUUGCCACUGCCUCUGGCAGGUUUUGGUUCAAACGAUUGGGGGACGCUUCUUCGAGGUGGAGCAGGCAUGGCCAUACUUAGCCCCACUGCGCUUAAAUUGGCAUCCUACAGCGAACCAUUCUUCACAUAUUUCUCGUAUCGGGGCAUGCUGGCGUGUGCUCGUUCCAAUUGGGCUACAGCAUCUAUAUUCUUUGCAUUAGCAAGCAUGUUCAGAUCCAAUGGAAUAUUCUUGUCCGGAUUCAUACUAUGGGGUAUGCUGGUCACGCCCUUUCUGACAGGACAGAAAGAUCUACUUACUCCUAGGCGUCUGCUCAAAUGCGCGUUGUUGACUGCGUUACCUCUGAUCCCAUUUAUCCAUCACAAUAUCAUCGCAUAUCUGCGGUUCUGCAAGUCCUCAACAACACGCAUCCCGGAUUGGUGUACGAGCAAUAUGAUUCCUUCGAUAUACUCCCACGUGCAAUCCGAAUACUGGAACGUUGGCUUCUUGCGAUAUUGGACUGUCUCCAACAUUCCAAACUUCAUACUCGCGCUUCCCGCCUUACUUCAUGUGUUCGCGUUCUGCUGGUUUUAUCUGUCGAACUUACCUUCCAUUAUUCCUCAUAUCGCGCCGCGAAUCCGCUCAAAGAAGAAUGACGACCCUUCCCCUCCUCAGCUUGACUCUCCAUUUCUAUCUCCGCUUCUCCCGUCUCUCCCACUCACGUACUGGGCUGCCGCUCGUCUCAUGCUCGACCUUCCGAAGUGGGGGAAAGCAUGGGUCACGUGGAGUGUUUUGUGGGGUGCCUUGAGCUGUGUCCUAUGGGCAGUAUUUCUCCCCCCUGCUUGAAUUUGUAUGUCAAAAAUUAGUGCGUAGUGGAAUAGAUGCACAUAUACCAUUGGGAGACAGCAAUUUGCUCCAACAUAGCAUACUUUGUCAUAAAAUUUAGUGUUACUGCCCGACAUCUAAUAUCGCAGUGCCACAUAUAACUCGCCACUUCGCUUAUUGACACAAGCACCG